AUGUGGACGGACACUGAGGUCAGGAAGCUAUCAAUUUAUCGGCUGUUGAAUCACAUUAAUCUCUUGGACUUCGGCCAACUAUUAUGCCACUUCAUCAGUGGAUUUUUCCUUAUAUAUCCUGAAAUUAUUAAACGCUCACCCUUUUUCUCAAGCUUUGUUGGAUCGACGGUCAACAGUUUAUGGCAAGCAAUGUUUCCCUACAUCUGUGUGCUAUCCGUAAGCCGUAUUCUGAUAAUCAAAAAGAAAGUGGAUCCCGAAAAGUCUAUCCUACCUCUACUGGUAGUCUUGGUGAUUGGAUGGACAUUCAGCAUUUCUGUGUGGAUAUGGUCAUGGUUCGGCAUGGCGUUCGUGUUUGGAAAAGUCGGAUGGCAAUACGACUACGCUAUGUGGAGUUCACGUUAUCUGAACGUAUGCAUAUGCUAA